GGCGGAGUUUGGACUGCACACUGCAGUGAGGGUGAAGGGACGGUAGACUUUAUAAAGAAGUGAUCCAUGAUGCACACAUGAUAGGCUACAGGAGUGAUACACACAAUAAACAGACACAAAAAUGUCCCAAAAAAAGUCUUCACUGGUGACAGGUGACGUGGAGAGCCUGCGGAGAAGAUCCGCAGCUGAUUCCCAAGAUAACUAUGCGGAUCCUGAGCAGCAUCACCGGUUUCCACGGCGACAUUCCCAAACUGAUAGACUCGGCCCGCAGCAUCCAGAACUAGGUGGAGUAGAGACUCCUUCCCCAGAUGCUUCUUCUCACCACUUCUGCCACUACACACCAAAAUGUUUCCUCACUGUCCACAGAGGAGGCCAUGGCACCUCAGCGCGGUCGACUCCGUCACAGUAUGGGGAGGAUGGUUGGGAUGAAGGCACCUCUAAGACAACAAUCAGAGCUGAGAAUGAAGUGGAGGCCCACAGGGAGGCCAACAACUACAGGUUUGGCUUCAGAAAGUGGAAGGGCAAUGUAACAGAAAGGCCCAUUGAAGACAGAUCAGACAUCGUCAAAGAGCUCUACUCUGAUCUGAGCAUUGUUAAGCCUCGAGAAGGCUCUGUGCUCACCUUUGGGAACAUAAUUUAUGUGUUUUUAUUCGGAUGGUGGAUCUCUUUAAUCUACCUCCUCAUUAGCCCCUUGAUGUUUCUAACAAUCAUCUGUGCCCCUUAUGGCAGACUUUGCUUAAAGAUGGCUUGGUACUUCAUUUGGCCAUUUGGGAAGUCAGUAGAGAAGGCUGGUGACGUAGUGAAGAGAUCCAUUGUGAAGCCCCCAAAGAUUGAGGUAAUACCCGAAGAGAGGGACUCUGAGGACAGUAAAGACCUUGUCAGGGAUAAGGACUCCUCACCCCUUCUGGUGUCUUCCCCCAUCCCUGUUGAGAUCCCUGUCCCAGAACUACCAGCCAGACAUACUUCCAUACACUGGUGUCGCCUCAGCACUUACAUUUGGCUGGUGCUGGGCUAUCCUGUCCUGGCUGUGGUCCACGCCCUGGCCUGUGUGCUCUCCUGGCUGCUGGUCUUUACCAUCCCUGUGUCCAAGAUGAAUGCUCGCACACUGAGCAUUGUCCUGCUCAUGGCACCAGAGGACGUUCAGAUACACACACUGGAGAAGAUGCGUGGCUGUGAGACCAGAGUUAUCUUAUGCUGUUACCAAGCAUUCAAUGUGUAUUACUACAAAUACACUGUCCAAGGAAUCAACAUUUUUGCUCUCAACUCGCUUCCAAUGGUAUUAAUCACUCUGAUUAUUGGCUAUGGUGACCACGACCAUAAUUACUUCAGCGCAGAAACAAAGUUUGCCUUGGCCAUCACCUCCAUCAUUCCUCUAUCCUACUAUAUCGGCAUGGGUAUAGCCAGUGUUUCUGCACAGAGUAACUUUGCAGUGGGAGCGGUGGUAAACGCAACUUUUGGCUCCAUCACAGAGAUGACAUUCUACAUCACAGCACUGCUGCAAGGACAACGUGCUGCCACCAAAUGUUACGAAGAAAUUGUCAAAGCGGCCCUUACCGGGACCUUGCUGGGGUGUAUAUUGUUCAUACCUGGUAUCUGUAUGAUCAUUGGGGGCAUUAAACACAGGGAGCAACGAUUUAACAGUCGUUCAGCCGGCGUGAGCUCCGCAUUGCUCUUCAUAUCAAUAGGAGGUGUGUUUGCUCCCACCCUUUUCUCAAAGACCUUCGGUAAUCUGGUGUGCGAGAGCUGCACCAAUAUUCCAGGCAAUACCAGCGUGCCCUUCGUCUGCAAGGACUGUCACUAUGACACGAGUCAAACUGACCCACAUUUGAUUCUGUCCCAUAUUGAGGCCCUGGUGUACACAAUUUCUGUGCUGCUGCCUGCUGCAUACCUGAUAGGCCUCAUCUUCACACUGAAGACCCACUCCCACAUCUAUGAUAUUCAUAUCAGCGAUGGCCAAGGGGGCCACGCGCACGGUCAGUACGCACAAGAGGGUACCAGCACCCACCAUCCCACGGGUGAGCUCCCCACUGGCCAUCUACAUGCUGCCAAGUCGUGUAUUAAUGCCAGCAUUAUUGCCACCAGCCACGUUGCAACAGCAGGUCACCAUGUGGUCCACUGGUCCCGUUGGAGGGCUCUUGGAGUGCUGAUUGUUGCCACAGUGCUGAUGGCUUGCUGCGCUGACCUCAGCACUGAGAACAUCGAGCCAAUGCUGACCCACUCCACCAUCUCCCAGUACUUCAUCGGCGUCACAGUGUUGGCUAUGGUGCCUGAGCUUCCUGAGAUUGUCAACGGGAUCCAGUUUGCGCUGCAGAACAACAUCAGCCUGAGCCUUGAAGUGGGCAGUUGCAUAGCUGUGCAGGUCUGCAUGAUUCAAAUUCCACUGCUCAUCCUCUUCAAUGCAUUCUAUGAUGUUGGAUUCGUGCUUGUGUUCAGUGACGUUCAUCUCUGGGCCAGCAUCUUCAGUGUCAUUCUGGUCAACUACAUCUUCAUGGAUGGAAAAUGUGACUAUUUUCAGGGCACUGCCCUAGUGGUGGUUUACCUCAUCCUUCUGUCCCUUUACUACUUCGCUCCAUCUCCACGCUCUUGUUGAUCUGCUCGUCAAAGAAAAAUCACAAAGCUCCAAAAAUUGACGCCUCCUUACAAAUACACAAACCCUGCAUUGUCACGUGGUGUGGAUCGUACAUUGUCAGUGGCACAAAAAUUGGGAAUACAGUACAACUGGAUUAUUGAGAUUAGAAAUGCCACAGUGGAGCUGUAAAUAUUGAUACUGAAUGGUAUUUUGUGUGCUUGAACAUGGUUUCACACUUCCAGGUAAAAGUUUGAUGACCUUUAAAAUUGCUCUUGCAUUUAAAUGUAAAUUUGUGCUAUUUAUUUUUGGCUCUGAAUCAUUGUAAUAUGUGGUUAAUAUUGGAGAUAAUAAAUGCAUCAAUUUACAAACUGUC